AUGGAUUAUGCCAUACCAACAGUGGAAGAAUGCAAUUAUGGUAUUACAAGGUCAACUGUUGCAGUGAACUUUGAGAUUAAGCCGACAAUAAUUCAGAUUAUCCAACAAUUAGUCCAAUUCAAUGGAAAUUCAUAUGAGGAUCCAAUUUUGCAUAUCGCUAGCUUUCUGGAGAUAUGUGACACAUUCAAGGCAAAUGGAAUGACUGAUGAUGCAAUUAGGCUGACAUUGUUCCCAUUUUCACUGAGAGAUAAGGCGAAAGAUGUGGCAGCAAGCGGAGCCUUAAAUAACAAUACCCCAAAAGAUGCUUAUGAAUUGCUUGAGGUGAUGGCCAAUAAUAACUACCGAAGACCUGAUGAGAGAGCAAUGCCGAAGAGAAUAUUGGGUCUACAUGAAGUCGAUGUGUUCACUGCAUUAUCUGCACAAAUUGCAUCACUUUAA